AUGGAUGUAAAAAUAUAUAUAUUCUUUAGUGGCGGAGGAUCAUACAAUUAGGAAGGUUUUAAGUAUGGUUAAUGGAUAGACUUGAUUGAUAAUUUCUAUCGUUUAAGAUAGGUUACAUUUAAUGGUGAAUAUUAAAAGAGUCAAAAAGUUGGAAGAUGGGAUACAUAUUUUAGAAUUGAAGGUCUAUUUUAAAAUCAAUUUUAAUUAAUUGGUGGUGGAUCAUAUGAUGAAACAGGAAUGAAGAAUGGUAAAUGGAUAGAGCCAAGCAACAAUUUUUAUAAGUAUAGUUAAGUUACUCAUGAGGGAGAAUAUUAAAAUGGAAAGAAAAUAAAUUAAUGGGUUACCAGAUACAAGUAAAGUGAUUAAUUAGAUUUUACUUGUUGUGGCCAAUAUGAUGCAGUUGAUGGUAUGAAGACAGGAUUAUGGGUUGAAUUGAGUGAUGAAUUUAGAUAGUAUUAAAAUUAUAUUAUUACAAAUAAGGGAUAAUUAAAUUGCAAUGGGAAAAAAAUUGGUAGAUGGGAGAUCAAUUUUAAGGAGUUAAAUUAAUUUGAAAAAAUAGGAGUAUGUUAUUAUAAUGAGAAGGGUCUUAAAAUUGGAUUGUAAACAGAAAUUAGCGAGAGUUUUUUUAAUUUAAGUUAAGUUUUUUAUAAAGGUGAAUAUCAUUAUGGUCAUAAAACAGGUAAAUGGGAAAUCUUCUGGAAGAAUAAAUUAAAAAAUGAAUAACUGGGAUGUGGAUUAUAUGGUGAAAAUGGAUUAAAGUAGGGAAAUUGGAUUGAAUUGGCGAAUGAUUUCAAUAAAGAUAAAUAGGUCACUUAUUAUGGGGAAUAUCGUUAUGGAUAAAAGGUUGGCCUAUGGGUGACUUAUUUUAGGUUCUCCGAAGAAUUCGAGGAAAUUGGUUGUGGUUGUUACGAUGAUGAAGAAAUUCAGAAUGGAUUUUGGAUAGAAUUGGCUGAAGAUUUCAGUUGCUCUAAAUAAAUCAUUUAUUAGGGGGAAUAUAAAAAUGGUAGAAAAUUUGAGAAAUGGUAAGAAUUCAAAAGAGAUAAGUGGAAAAUUGAUUAAGGAUUUUAAAAAAUUGGUGAAAUGUAUUAUCAAAAUUGAAAGAAAUGGAGAUAUUAUGCAAAAUAUUCAUAUAAUUAUUCCAAAUAAUUUAUUUUUA